CUCGAGUUUGGUUUUGUGGCAUCUCUCUCUCUCUCUCUCAAUGGCUACCAUUAGUAGCUUACACAUACGUGCAUCUGACCAUCACUCUCGUCUUCCUCGAAUCUCUGAGACAGAUCAGCCUCGACUCACAAAUCAAAUCGUUACUCUUCCGUCUCCUAUUUCCAGAAGAGACGCGAAUCUUGUACUCCUCGGCUCGCUUCCGUUGACGAGCUUCUUCGUUCUCCCGCCGAGUUCAUCGGAGGCGAGAGAGAGACGGAGCAGAAAAGCCAUCCCUAUCGAGGAGUAUUCGACUAGCCCUGAAGGGUUGAAGUACUAUGACAUUGAGGAAGGUAAAGGUCCAGUAGCCACAAUAGGAUCUACUGCUCAGGUGCAUUUUGAUUGCCGGUACAGAAGCAUCACUGCAAUCUCCACCAGAGAGUCAAAGCUUUUGGCUGGAAACCGUAGUAUUGCUCAGCCUUAUGAGUUCAAGGUCGGAUCUACGCCAGGGAAGGAAAGGAAACGAGAGUUUGUGGAUAAUCCAAACGGGUUGUUCUCGGCACAGGCUGCACCAAAGCCUCCUCCAGCAAUGUAUUACAUUACUGAAGGAAUGAAAGUCGGUGGCAAGAGAACUGUGAUAGUUCCUCCUGAAGCUGGUUAUGGUCAGAAAGGAAUGAACGAGAUACCGGUGAGAACCUACAAAUUGUAUAUGAGCCUGGAGCUACAUUUGAGUUAAACAUAGAGUUGCUUCAGGUGACUCCCCCAGUAGAGAAAGAGAAGUGAACAAGAUUGUUCAGUUAAGAGAAGCUUGAAGCUUUCACAACCAUAUGGUCCCAUCAUUUGUCUAAAGAUAAUUAGAGAAGAGAAAACUAGAGAGGAAAAAGAAUGUAAAUUUUCGACUCCGGUACACUAAAAGAACCGGUAUUAUUUGUUGGAACAGAUUAUGUUAAAAGUAGCUUUCUCUUACGUGGCAGUUUCUUA